AUGGGACCGGUUCGCAACUGUGAUGCGCAGCUGUAUAUUCUCUGGGCUGCGCUCCAUCAUCCAACGAAUAUACUGCAGGACCCAGUCUAUGGGAAAGGAAAGCUGGCAGAGAUCCAAGGCCUUAUUCUGGGUAUGCUGGACACUUUUAACUAUGAACAGACUUUACUUGAAACAACCACCAGUCUGUUGAACCAUGACCUCCACUGGUCCCUGGCUCACCUGCGUGCUGCUGUCACAAGGGGACUCCACCCACGACAAGACCACUGUAACAUCUGCCUCCAGCAGUACAAGAGGAGGCAGGACUCAGCUGAGGAGAUCAUUGUGUUCAGCUGUGGCCACCUGUACCACUUCCAGUGCCUGCAGCAGAAGGACUCUGGGUGGGGCUUUAGUUCAGAGGUGCAACAGCGAUGGAGCUGCUACAAGUGUUCCUCCAGCCAAGGAGGAAGGGGCGGGCUUUCCACUGAGACAAAAAGAGGCCGCAGCACGUCCCUGGCACAGACUCGUGUAACAUCAGUGUAUCAUGACGCAGGAGCAGAGGCUCGCAGGAAGAAGGUGGUUGUUGACGCAAUGUUGGACCUUCAGCAGGAACAGUCCUGGGAUCAGCUACGCUGUUUAUACCGAGGACCAUCCAGGUUGUCCAUCCUUUCAGAACUUGCCCACUGCCGUAGCAAUGACAAGACAGGGCUUCUAAUCCCAGCUCAACCAGGAACAGAGAUUUUCCAACUUAAACUCUCUCCUCCACCCUUAUUGGAAGAGUAGCACCAUGACUGGUUGUGGAUCCAUGUUUUCUUCAUUUUUCCAGACUUAAGUCAAUGGGAUUGGUUAAAGUCAUUGGCCUAACUAUUCUACAUCAGUGUCGGCUGUAGAAUUUCCACUGUUUUUGUUGUGUGACAGUUGAUAUUUUAUGUCUUUCAAAACAAAUUGUUUAAUAUUGAUAAUAUUUAGUCACUCUAAUUUUACUGAAUGUAGCUUUAAUUUUAUCCAUUGUUUAUGUACUACAGUUGGCUGAAUAAUGUUGCUUGGUUUGCAUGUUGGUGCUGGGAUGUCAAAAGGUGGAUCCUAACAUAACUGCAAAGGAUGUUGUGGGGAAGGGAAAUUAUACUGAAUGUUUGUUUACAAGUAGUAAAAAGACGCAAGAUACUUUCGCCUUUUUUAGGGAUGUUAAUAGUAAUGAUAAAUGACCUUUGUUGACCAAAUCCAAAACUGAAUAAAUAUAAACUGCUUAAUUAAUUUUCAGAGGUUUUACCUUUUGUUGAUGUUAGUGGUACGUGUCGCAGUUUUUAAAAUCCGUGAUCGGAUGUUUCUUACUAAAAAUGCCCCUUUGGA